AUGCCUGAAAAAGCUACGGAACCAGAGGAUUGUGGUUUAAAGCUGUGUGAAAAGUGCCGCACAGAAAACGGUGCCUUUUUCGAUAACCUGGGCACUGGUUUGAAAGAUCCCCAAAAAUUGGUGAAUGGAUUUGUGUCCAGAGUUGAGACUCUUGAAGGAGCCAUAAACGAAUUGAAAGAGGAAUUGAUCUCUCUUUCCAAAAAAAAUAGAGAAUUUUUCACUCGCAUGUUUACAACGGCUGGAACAAAAAUUGAAUUAAAUAAUGACAGAGAGAGAAGAAAAAAUAACAUAAUCAUAUACAAUCUUGAGGAGAAAGAAAAUAAUCCUAAAGUAUCUGUUGGUGGGCUGUUAAAAAAGAUUGCUGGCAUUGAUCUUGAGACGGAUGUAAUUGAGGUAUCCAGAAUGGGCAGGAGGUCUGAGGAAAAUAGGAUCAGACCGGUUCUAGUGCAAUUUACUAAUGCAAAUGCCAAAAACUUGCUGUUUGCAAACUGUUUUAGAUUGAAAAAUUUUGCAAGUUUCGGCAGUGUCAUAAUUAAUCAUGAUCUGUCUAAAGAAGACAGAGCCAUCAACAAGAGGAUAAUUGAAGAUAAAAGAAGGAAAAUUGCUACUAAAGAGGAUAUUACAAAAUGA